AUGGAAACAAAAUGUUCAAAAACCAGAAUUGAAGAAGUUAGUAAGAUACUGAAUUUUGAUUCUUGCUCAGUAGUUGACAGUAUAGGAAGCAGUGGAGGACUAGCCUUGAUGUGGAACAACAAAGUUGAAGUGGACAUUUUUAAUUACUCCAGAUGGCAUAUAAGUGCUCAUGUCAAACCUGGCCCAGAUAAACCCAUGUGGCUCUUCACAGGGUUCUAUGGCCACCCUGAGACAGCCAAAAGAAAUAGGAGCUGGGAAUUGUUAAAGAAUCUCAACCCCGGGACCUCAAUGGCCUGGCUGUGUUGUGGAGACUUUAAUGAAAUUCUUGAUCAGAGUGAAAAGGCAGGGGGUUGUCUCAGACCUUAUAGACAACUAGAAAGCUUUAGAGAGGCAAUCAUGGAUUGCUCUUUGAAUCCUAUCAAGACUCAAGGCCCUAAAUUUACAUGGGCUAAUAACAGAAGGGAUGGGAAUUUCACUAAAGAGAAGCUUGAUAGAGCAAUGGCAAACCUUAAUUGGUUACAAAACUUUAGUGAGUCUUGCUGUCAUGUGCUCCCUGCCAUGAAAUCUGACCAUUCCCCCUUUCUGGUCCAAGUGAGUGGCAAAGAUGGUACACCACCCAGCAAACCUUUUUUGUUCAGAUUCGAAGCUGCUUGGAACCUGAAGGAGAGUGUUCUGAACCCCAUUAGAGAAGGAUGGGGUAAAGUAACAAUGGGGGGUGAUGUUGCCUCUACUAUGAGCAGGAGGCUACAUAACUGUGGCCUAGCUCUAAAGAACUGGAACAUGUCAACUAAUAAACAGGCUCCUAUUAAUUUAAAACAGAAGAUGAAACUGUUGGGGGAGCUGCAAGACUCAAAUCAAGGGGACAGAACAGAUGCAGUGCUGGACCACAACAACUCACUGAUUACUCAGCAGCAGCAAAUUGGUGAUAUCUUUACAAAUUUCUUCUCUGAUUUGUUCACCACAUCAAUCCCAUCUGAUAUUGAUUUGUGUCUUGAAGAUGUCCCCCAAAAACUUACCCCUUCGAUGAAUGAAAAGCUGCUGGAAAAAUUUUCUGAAGAUGAGGUAAGAGCUGCUGUAUUUCAGAUGAAAGGUAUGGGGUCUCUAGGCCCUGAUGGAUUCCCAGCAUUGUUUUAUCAAUCCCAUUGGGAUAUCCUUGGCAAGGAAGUGAGCAGACUAAAGCUUGUCCUACUAGAUAUUAUAUCUUCAAACCAAAGUGCUUUUGUACCAGGUAGAGCUAUAACUGAUAAUAUCUUGGUGGCAUACGAAACACUCCACUCAAUGACAACUAGAAUGAAAGGGAGGACAGGGUUUAUGGCCACAAAGCUAGACAUGAGUAAGGCAUAUGACUGGGUGGAGUGGGAUUUCUUGGCUGCAGUGAUGAAAAAGAUGGGGUUUGAUCAAGCCUGGAUCUCCAUCAUCCUAAACUGUAUUUCCUCUGCUGAGGCAGUGGGAAGUCUAUCUAGUGUUCCCAUUGGGAAAGGUCCCCAAAGAGUAAGCCACUUGUUCUUUGCUGAUGACAGCAUGAUUUUUUGCAAGUCAAAUUCUCUGGAGUGGAGUAGGCUGAUGAGAAUUCUAAGUAUCUAUGAGAGGGCCUCGGGUCAGGUGCUUAACAAGGAGAAAUCUUCCAUUUUCUUCAGUAAAAACACUCCUCUAGACAAUCAGCACUUCAUAUUGAGUAUUGUUGGAGUCAAGUCAACGGGUUCCUUUGACAAGUAUUUGGGGCUUCCUGCAAUGGUGGGUAGAUCCACAACUGCUGCGUUCCAUAGUCUUAUUGAUAGGACUUGGGCUAAGAUAACAAACUGGAAGACAAAGUGCCUCUCAACAGUUGGCAAAGAGAGGAAAGACCUUGGUGGGCUGGGAUUUCGAAAUUUCAGUAGUUUUAACCUUGCCCUCCUGGCCAAGCAAGGUUGGAAUAUCCUCACCAAUCCUAGCUCUCUUUCUGCUCAAGUGCUUAAACAGAAAUAUUUCCCCUCGGGAGACCUGCUGCAUGCUAAACUGAGCUAUAGACCAUCUUUGGCUUGGAGAAGCAUGCUGGCAGGAGUAAAGUUAUUGAAAGAGGGCCUACAAUGGAGUAUUGGAAAUGGACACAGUGUUAGAGUAUUGGAAAUGGACACAGUGUUAGGAUCUGAGAGGAUAGAUGGUUACCCAGAUCUAUCUCUUUAA